UGUGUGUGAGAGUGUGUGUGAGUGUGAGUGUGAGUGUGUGCGCGCGAGUCGAGUUUUUUUCCCAUUUCUAUGUCAGUAUAGUUUCGCAGGUCUCGUUUCUCUGCGUGCGCGUGUUUUCCGUCUCCCGAUUUACCGAUUUCUGAUCGUUCGAAAUAAUUUUUUUUUUUUUAUUCGCGUGUCGCCAAAGGGCUGUUGUCACUUGGCCGCGCUACCCCCGGACCUUAUAAUAAUUAUCUAUUUUUGUAAUUGUAUUUUUUAAACGUAAAGUUUGUACGAUAUUUGUUCCGUGUUAUGAGUUUUACAAUAAACACGCAACGGUAGUGGUGAACUCCGUCUCGUGCGUUAUUUGUCGUAGUUAAUAUUAUUUAUCCCCUCAAUCGAAACACCGCAGUGCAGCGAAAUGUACCGCAGCAAGACGUCACCGUCUUCGACGUUGGCCGUUGUCGCCGCCUUCGUCUUCGCCCUAACGAUUGUUUCUUGCAGUGAGACGAACGAUGACGGUAAGUUUCGAACAUAACAACUGUUUACUUUUACCUUUAUAAUUUUGUCGCCGUUUUUUAUUCCUGAUUUUUUUUUCGGCCGCGAUCUCUGUAGUCACCGAACGCGUUCCGGUCGGUCGCCCGGAAGUAGGUUCGUUAUUGGUUUUGGUUGUAAUGGGAGGGGGACAUGGAAGCAGGACAAGCAAGAGAUUUGGAACAACAUUAAACAAGAAGAAUAAGUAGAUAGGUUAGAUACUUGUUAAACGUGAUUUACGUCCAAUCGUAUUUUGGAUACAUCUGGUUAAGUAGUAUCAUUAAUAAUAUCGGACAAGCUAACGAAUUGUGGUUGUUGUCUAGGCAUGUUAUCUUUUAACUGAUGAAUCCAGUGGCUUGUAUUUUGGGAAUUUUUUUUUGGGGGGGGAUAUCCAAAAUAUUCGAUUCUAUAUUUAGGUUCCUAUUUAUUUAUUUAAUUUAAUUAUGUUUGUUUUGUCUAGUCAGAAGCAUGAACAAUGUUUAUAUUGUUGUUUAUAAAGAACUUAAUAAAACAAUAUAUAUUAAUAGCACCUACUUAGUGAUCAAAAUAAUAUUAAUUUAAACAAAUUAGUUUUUUAAAUAUAUUACUAUUGUUAUCUAACCUACUAUUAAUUAUUAAUCAACAGUUGCUAAUCUGUUAAAUUUGAUUUUUUUUAAGGGUAACUUAUUUUAUUUAUCUGCUGAUGGGCACCUAAAUAGGGACGUAGCUGAAUUAUCUACUUACAUUUUUCAUUUAUACAUUACUUAUCUAUCUAUUAUAAAUAUAAUUGGUAACUUAAUUGGUAGGUCUGUAAGAUUAAAGACAGGUAUAACAAUGAAGAAUUGUUAGUUAUGUAGGUAUACAUUAGUAAAUUUUUUGAAUUGGCUAUACCUAGAUACCUAGUAUCUAGUCUCAUUUUUUUUUUAUUAUUUAGGGUUGGGUUUACCCAUAAGACUCUUCUACACACCAAUGGCUGAGUAAUCAGUUGAAUUAAAUUACUCACUGCUAUUUUGUUAUAAAUAUCUACCUAAUUUGUUUUCAAUUCACUCACUAUGAUGCAAUACUGUUCACUGAGAACAUAAUAUUAUAGACAUUGUUUAUAUCUCCACAUAAUGUCUUUGUCUUUCAAGUACGUAUUAUGCGCUGAUUGACCAAUGAUGAUAAUCGUAUAAGUACUGCCAUUAUUCAUUUCGUUUGACGAUAAAAUCAUAAAUUGUAUAAUAGGUUUUUUCUUAAUCUGGUGAGUUUUAGAUAUAGGUAUCUAGCCCGAUGCUUUGAAUAAUGUAUUGAUAAAAUAUUUUCCUAUGCUAUUUUCUCAAGAUGGAUACUGUCUUUGUUUUUCUAACAGUUUUGUAAUCCGUCUACAUAUUUAUUUUGCUUUAGUGUCUAUUAUUGAUAACAUACCUAGCUACGUGUAAAAAUUUAAUUACUUAUCUUUAAUGUGUAGACAUAUUUUUGCCUAUUUUAGUUUCUAAUCUUAUUUAUCUACUUAUUUAAUUAGGUUGAAAAAAUUUUUAAAAAAAUACCUCUAGGUAUACUUAGAUAUGUAAUUUUUAAUUACCUAUAUUAUUCCUAUUUUUGUAUUUAAUUUAAAUUUUUUACAAUAAAUCUGACAAUACAAAUGUCCUAAAAACAGUAAUAAACUGUAAAAUAAUACUUCAUUAUCUACAUAGGUAAUAUGAGAAAAAUAAAAUUGGGUUCAAAUUACAAAGCUAAAGAAUAGUUUUAUGUAAUUUAACAACGCGAACAACAGCAUUUAUCUUUUAACAAUAUAAAAUCAUGUUUAAAAUUUAAUCAUACUUCAAAUAUCUAGUUAACCUAACUUAAUACCUCUAUACCUACCUAUCUAUUUACACCUAGGUACACACACAGUAAUUAUAUUUUAUCAUGAAACAUUUAUUUUAACUUAAGACUUAAUUCUCCUUAUAUGCAGCCCAACUUCUUUAUAUCAAUUUUGAUGUAGGUAUAUUUUAUUAAUAAUUAAAGAUAGGUAGGUACUUGAGGUUGUAUUACCUAGUAAUUAUAAUAUAUUCCUUUUACCUUUUUUUUAACUGUUUAUGAAUUUGGCUAAUAUCAAUUAGUCAUAAAUUUCAAUGUCUCAAUAAGUUUUUAAAAACUUAAGCCCCACUAGCUUAGGUUCAAAAGUCUUAUUUUUUAAGUAGGUUUUGAGUCUUCUUAACGUUGAAAAGCUUUGUUAAACAGUGUCGGUCUGGCACACCCAGGUACCCAGAAAUCGCCGAGGCCCUAAGAUUUAUUCUUAAAAAAGUGGCCCUAUGGGAUAACACCAAUAGCAGAAAGUAUAUUAAUUAUUUUUUAAUUUAUUUGUGUACAUAUGAAAAAAAAAGAAAAAAGACUGACAUACUUCAUACGAUGAGCAGGCUACUUUUGUAUAUGAGAAGUUGGAAAGAUAAAAUAUAAAGAGGAAUUUAAUGUAUAUCUGUAUGCAACAAUUAAAAAUUGCUAACAAAAAACGAAUCUUAACGAAGCUCUGUUAAUUUUAUUGCUUUUUCAACAAUAUAUGUCAUUAUAGUAAAAUAAAUAUUUAUUUAAACAUUUUUUAUGAGUCAGUAAUUAUAGAUUAGUUCUACAUAAUUUUUACUAAAAGAUUUUCAUCAAAACUAAAUUUGAUAUUAAAUUUUUUAUAAAGUUAUGAUUAUUAUUAUAAAAAGUCUUAUGUCGAGUACUUUUUAUGUAAUUUAUUUUAAACAGUUGAUAAAGUUAAAGAAAAAAAUAGAUUUUACCAAAUAAUUAACAUAUUGUUGCAAUUUGACUCAGAAAAGUACCUAAUCGUGAUAAAAUAUGUACAUUGGAAACUAAAUUAACUUGAUCUAUACAUGGUAUAUAUGAGCAUUGUUGUGAUGUACACCUCUUUCAGUAUUUUAACCAAAUUUAGUAUAUCAACUCGACAGGCUUAAUACAUACAUGUGGUUUCAUUAUAGAAUGAAAAAAAAAAGUAAAACAAUGAAAUUAGUGUAAAUCUAAUUUAUAUUAUUAAUAUUUCUAGAAGUCAAAAAAUUUCUCACAGCUAGAAAAAAUUGGUUUUCUUUUUUAGUUGAUAGUUAUCGAAUUUGACUUUUAUAUUUUGUUGUUUAGCGGCCCAUUGAUAAUAAUUUCCCAUGGGCCCAAUCGUGAGCCAGACCGACUGGUAUUCAACUAUAACAGUGGAUAUUGGAAUUACAUCUCCCCCGGCAGCAACCUAGUAUUUUUAGUGUUCAAUACAAAUUUAAGAAUAUUAUCAAGAUGGAAUAUAGAUAUAGGUAUACUGUAUUAUGGUUUAAUCGUUCAAUUAAAUAGGACAAAAAUAACACCCUUUGUUGACAUAAUUAUCAUUUAGUAACUUCAAAUAGAUAAAUAGGUACUGCUCUUUAAAGUUAUUUACAUACAGAUCACUGGUCUCGAGAGUAAUCUAAAAUUGAUUAUAUUUAAAUUUAAUACAUUAUAAAAAUGAUUAUAUUAUUAUACACCCAUUACCUAUUACAUUAUAUUAUUUAAUAAUUUACCAGUUUUACCUCAAAAUGAUAUUUUCAUUUAGCUCCCAGUUGUCUGUUGACUAUCUAUGUCACGAAAGUAACCUUUUGUAAGUAAUACCUAGUAAUAAUACUUUUUAAUUUUAAUUUUUUAAUAUUUUAUAAAAUAUAUUCAUAUUUUCUGUAAUAUAUUUUUAAUAAUAUUUUGUGUAACAUUCUUUUUUAUAAAUAUCUAUUUAAUAAAAUGUGUUUCCAUAAUUAUAAAAUUUAUUUUUUUGUUUACCAUCAUUAGAUCACUUAUAAGACCAGUGAGUAAAAAGUAUAUUACAUAUGAUUGUAGAUAACUUAUGAAACCUUAAAAACAUAAUAUGAAACAUAAUAUGAAAAACUUGAAACUGAUAAUUUUUAAAACAACAAUAUUUAAUUAUAUACUAUAGAGAAUAGGUAGACAUUAUAACAUAUCCUGGAGUUUCUGGAGGAUGGCUAACAGAACUUCAGCCCACAUAAUAAAUACCCUCUUAAUACUAUAUUUUAUAAAAUUGUUAAGUACCUACCUAUAUCUACAUUGUACAUGAUAAAAUAAUAGGUACCUCAUUAAAAAAAGUAUGUAUAUAUUUUAAUUAAGUAGGUUUUACUCUGGGUUUUACUGUUGGUGAAAAAACAAAUAAGUACACUAAUGAACUAAUAAAUUAGUGUCAAUUUGAAUAAUGAAUAGUACCUAAGAUGAAUAGUAUUGACCAAACAAUGUACUUUUUUCUCAAUGCCAGUAAUUAUAGUUAAAUUUUCUUUAUUUUUAAUUACAAGUAAAACAACUUUAGAGUAGAUACCUAGGUAUGGAAAUAUUACCAACACUGUUUUUAUAUAAAUGUAGCUACAUAGGUUCAUAAAUAUUUAUAUACAAUUUGAUAAAAUGUUUAUAAGUUUAUAAGUUUAUUUAAAUUAUAUAUAGAUAGAUUUAAUACUAAAGCAAGUAGACAAUAGGUACUUUUAUUAAGGAAUGAAGCCAGAAUUAAAAAUUGUUACCAAUAUUUUUGUACAUAGUACCAAGUAUGGUAAAGCUUUGGAUAAAGACACCAGUGUAUGUCAUUUAACCAUAAAUUCUAUAAUAAGGCUACAAUAUUAUAUUUGAUCUUGAAGAUCUUGCUGUGUUGAAUAAUACAUUUUACAUCUUUCAUAAUGAAAUCAUGUAAGUACCUAUUACCAUUGAUUAAAUAUACAAUAUAUUUAUUUAAUCAAUGAUAUUACAUAGAAAAUCUACCAGUGUGCUUAUGUAACAGAUAAAUCUUAUGACUUGAAGUUUGUUGAUGUUUGAUUUGUGUUAUCAUUUCUAUAAUGCCUUGGCUUGGGUUGGGCCCUGUUAGGUCUAGUUGUGACAACUAGAAAAUUAAAAUUAAUGUUUUUUUUUUUGUUCUCUGAGGUUUUUAUAUUUUAUUUGUUAGUAUGAUAAUAUUUACUGGUGUCUCUAUCCUAGUAUUAGUAUCAAAAAUAAUUUGCUUAUAACUGUUAUAUUAGAAAUUUAAUUUUUGAAUAUGCAUGUUAAAAUUAUUUUUUCUUUUAAAGUAAAACAGUAGUAGGUAAGUUAACAAGGAAAUAUCUAAGUAGGUAGAUAAUAAAGGACCAAUUGUUUUUGAGUAAUGUAUAAUCAAAUUCAUGGCACACAGACAAUUUUAUAAUAGGUGUGCAAUAAAUAAUAAGAAUAGUCUAAAAACAUAAUAUUAUGUCUGACUUUAAAUUUCUAUUUUUAUAUGGGGGUUUUAUUUAAAUACAUUAUUUCAAAUUAUUAUUAAAUGUGUAUAAUGUGUAUUUAAUCAUAAUGUGUAAGUUUAAACUAAUGUUAUUAUAUUAAGUUCUUAAGGUUAUUUGGUUGUUAAGGAUAAUCUAUUCAAAUUAUAUUUAUAUUAAUUCAGUUAGAUGUGUGGGCUCUGCUAUUAUUAAUUAAAAGCCUUUUUCUUUUAUAUAAAAAGUGUAAAUCAAUACUUAUCUACACAUUACUCAUAGGCAUUAAUAAAUAAUGACAAUUUAAGUAACAUGACUAACGGGAUGACUAAUUUACCUACUUAUUUAUAUGUUAUUUAUUCUUGUAAAUUAGUAAUUUUUGGUAGGUACCUAACUAAAUAAAUAAAAAAAGGCAAUGGCAUUAAUCUUUAUGUUAAGGUUGGGCUUUUUUUUUAAAAAAAAAUUAAGCAUAGGGCCACUUCAUUUUGGGGCAAAGUUGGAAAGUUGGUUACCAAAUCAUAUGAAAAAUUACAAUGCAGAAAAAACGUCAAAUGUAUUUUACUUAAAAAUCAUAAACAUUAGUUUUAAGUCAAUUAAGGUCAAUAAUAAUAAAUCAUAAAUAAUAUAUACUAUAUGCUAUAGCUAAUAAAAAAAUUGGUAUAUUUUUUUCUCACUUAAAUAUUCUUUAUAUAAUGUUGGUUCAAAUACUAUCACUAAUUAAAAAUAAUAUAUUUAGCUUCCCCAACAAAAAAAAAAAAAAAAACAUCCAGUGGGUAAAUAGUCAUUUCAGGGCAGUUAUUUGGUCUGGGGUUAUCAUUAAUUAGUCAUUAAUAUUUAUUAUUUUUAAGUAAAAUACAUUUGACAUUUUUUACCUUUGUCGGUUUUUACCGUUUUGUUUUUUGCUGAUUGCCCAAAUGAAUAAUUCAUUACAAAAAUAAAAAACUACACUAAACAUAAUUUUGGAAAUAAAGGGGAGGUUGUGCAUUGAGAAGGGAAUUUUUUGAUUUUCCUUAAAAAUUGCUAUUUAUAGUCAUUGGAAAUUGUCAAGUUAUAGGCUUCUAAACACCUUAUAUCCCCAUUAUUUUUGUCUGUUCAUCCGAGUUACUAGUAUGUAGUUGUGUUUGUUGAUUUACUUGAUAAGGAACUAUAUAUUAUUUCUUGUAUUAUUCAUAAUAUUAUUCUUAUUCACGUUAUUGUUAUUAUUAUAAAUUUAAAUAAUAUGAGUACUAAUUAUAAAUUUAUAAUAUUAAAAAUUAAGUAACAAAAUACAAGUAGGUGCCUACUUACUAGGGUUAUUUUUUAAAGAAUUUUUAAAAUGUCUUGUCAACUAUUAACAAAUUACGAUUUUUAAUUUUCUUAAAUUUUUAUUUAUAAACAUAAUAUACUAGGUUACCAAAUUCCUUUCAAACUUAUGGAAUUCCCCCGGGUGUGUUGGUUUUGUUUAAAAUAUGUUUGGCAGUCAAAAACUUUGCAUCUUUGGAAGUAAGCUUUCCUAACUUGAUUAAUUUCUGUUUAGUUUAGUUCCCUCUUAAGUUUUAUGUAGAUACCCUGGUAGAUACAAUUGUUUUACCUUGGCAAAAAUGUAAAACUUUAACAUAAGGUGAAGAAUAGGCUGUACAUUUUCGAUAUUAUUGAAGGGAGGAAGUUAGUAAGUUUCAAUUUUAUUUUUAGUAAAAUCACUGCAUUUUUAGUCAUAUUUAACCGAGUUUCUUAGAAUGGUUUUUUCAUUAACAAUGAUUUAUUUUUUUCAUUUUUCUUGCUAAUUUUUCUCCAACAAUAUUGAUACACCCAUCAGCAGUAUUGUUUUUUUUUUUUUUUAAAUUGCAUUCAACAUUCUUGUUCAAUUUAUUCAGAAAGAUAAAUUUGACCCUUUUUUCAAGUAACUAAAAUACAAAAUGUAAGCAGUUAAUUUUAAAUAGGACAUGUUAAACAAAAAAGUAAGAAGAGAUUUUAACUAGGAUCAAAAUUAAAAUUUAAACUGUCUAUUUUUUUCUUUCAGGUAAUUUAUUUUGUUUUCAAAAUAAAAUUUAAAUUACUCCCAGGCAUACUACUUAGCUACUUUAUCAUAAUUAUUUAUUAUAAAUAUAAAAUAUUUAUAUUUUAUUUGCUUUUAUUUUUUUCAGAAAUUUUACCUAAAUUGGUAAUUGAUGAUCAGCUAAGGGGAUAUCAUGGUUUGGUAAAAGAAAAUGAAACACUUGUUGAAGUUACUCCUGAAAUUUAUGCCAUUGGUGACGUUUGUAAUUUUAACAUUGUUAAUAAACAUCAUGGAGAAGCUCCUUUUGAGGUAAAUCAAUUGUAUUUGUUUAUUGUUACUAAUUAGUUAUCAUUUAUAUAGAUAUGUAGGAAAUUAAUCCUUCAAUGUGUAAUUAUUUUACCAUAAUAUGGCAUAUACAGGUGUAUCUGAACUAUUUGAUAUUUUUACAUUGUAAAUAUUUACAUCUAAAAAUAUCAAAUAUUCCUGUUACAUCCUGUAUAUUGUUGACAAAGCAUCACUAUCAACUGAAUUCCGCUAAAAAUCGGUUUUAGUAAGCAAUAGUUUAUUGUUGUUGACAGAUAUAAAUUAAAUUCCCAUCUGUAUCCUACCUUCCCAACUUCCUAUUUACAACAGGAGCUGUACCCAUGUGCGAAGUAUGCCUGUAUUAUUAAUCCCUAUCUUAUUUUUAAUUUGUAUUAUUCAAAAUCUUAAAGUCUAAUGCAACAUGACAUAUGCAACAACAUUACAUGUCCAUAUUGUCAAUAAGGACCUUUAUUUUUAUUUAUAAAUAGCCCCAUUUCUAUUAAUGUUUAAUUUAAAUAAAUAAUUAAGAUUAUAUCAACCACUAAUAGAUUUUAUUUUUUAGGCAUGGUCCAUGUCAUAAAUAUAAAUAAUUUGAGGCAAUAAUUAAAUCUAUUAAAAAAAUAUGCACAUUUGUUAAUUCUUACUGUUUAUUGUAAUACUAUUAUUUUUACCAUUAAAGUAUUUGUAAUAUAAAAACGUGUUAAGCUUUUUAGAUGUUAAAAUUAAUAAUUUGUUAAAAUAGUUAAUUUAUUAUUAUUUAUUAAUAUUUUUAAUAAUAAAUACUUAUGCAGUCAACAAUUUAGAAACAUAUAUUGCUACUAUUAUUUUAGUUAAAUGUCUUCAAAUUAAUUUGAUUUGCAGAUUAUUCUUCGUCCAAAUGGGUAUGCUGAACUUAGAGCUCGUAAAACUCUAAAUUGUGAAAAACGUAAAACAUAUAAAUUUGAAAUUGCUGCAGUUUCAUGCUCUGGCUUGAUAUCUGAGAAGUACGUCUUGAGUUUUGUUAUUUAUUAUUAUUUUAAUUAAUGUUAAAAUUUAUUAUUAAUACUUAUAUAUGUUUGAUUUUAAUUAAUUUUUUAAAAAUCAUAUAGUGUUACUGUGCAUAUCACUGUUAUUGACAUCAAUGAAUAUGUUCCAUUAUUCUUGGAUGCGUCAUAUGUCAGUGAAGUUGAUGAAGGGCGGUUAUAUGAAGAGAUAGUACGAGUAGAAGCCACAGAUCGUGACUGUACUCCACGUUUUGGCGACAUCUGCAAAUACGAUAUUCUUAAUGAUGAUCAACCUUUCACUAUUAAUAAUGAAGGUAGGUUCCAAUAUUAAGUUAAUUUAUAAUAAUUUAUGUAAUUUAUAUUUAGUAAGUUUAAAUCUUAUCUUUUUUUUUUUUUUUAGGAAGUAUUAGAAACACUGAACCAUUAGAUUAUGAUCGCAGUCACAAUUAUAUAUUAUCAGUUGUUGCUUAUGACUGUGGCAUGAAAGAAUCGGCUCCCGUUAUGGUAACCAUUAAGGUUAAUCGUAUUUGCAAACUAGGCUGGAAAGGUAUGUAUUUAUUAAUUAUUCACAAAUUAAGUUUUUAUUUAUAAUAUUUAUUUUCGAAAUAAAACUUUUUCAGUGGUUUUAAUGUUUUUAAACAAUUUCUAUUUUAAUCAUUUUUAAAUCCAAAAUUCAUCAUCUACCUUCCUGUGAAACUGAACCUUGUCUUUCCUCUUUUCUUUCGCACUCUUCUCGACGUUUUUAAAAUUUAUACUAAAAAGUUUCAUUUUUACAGUGUGCUUGUCACUUUUAGUUUUUAAAAAAUAAAAAUAAAAAAAUUUCUAGGUGUCCCAGAAGAAAUCAAUUAUUUCCCUACAUCAGGCCGUAAAGAUUUGUUCCCUAAUGCGCAACUAAGACUAUGUGAAGAUCCGUGUCAUGUAAAAAGUGUUAAUGCGAAACUUACUCUUGCAACUUCACACAUUGGCAAAGGUUGUGACCGUGAUACCUACUCGGUUCAAAGUCAAAGGAAACUUUGUGGUAAAUAUAAUAUGCCCAAAUUUUAAAAUUUAGAUUUUCAUUUGAAGCGUCUAAUUUAUAUUUUACUGCACAGGAGCUAGUAAAGAAAGUGUGGAACUUUUGCCUGCUAAUCAUGUACCCUUAUCUGCUGGAAAUGCAAUUAAACAUGAUGAAGGUCAUGAAUCUGAUCAGAUGUACGAGUUUGAUGGCAGUAGUACAUCCGUAGCUAUACCCAACGAUGUUCUCGACCAUGGACUUUCAUCAGCAUUCACUAUUUCAACUUGGAUGAAACAUAAACCCAUGCCACGUCAAGACAAGCACAUUAAAGAACACAUUUUAUGUUCGGCUGAUGACCACAGUAUGUUGUGUUUUUGUUAUCAAUGUUUAAUUUUUGAUUGAAUAGAAAUUAUAUUAUUUUUAUCCUAUACAUUUCUUUUGUUUAUUAGAAAUGAAUCGUCAUCAUUAUGCUUGGUUUGUAAGAAACUGUCGUCUUAUAUUGCUUUUGAGACGUGAUUUUUCACAAGGAGAUCUUAACAUCUUUAGACCAGCAGAAUGGAGAUGGAAAAUUCCACAAGUAUUAUACAAACAAAUACUAAUUUUGAUCGGGUUUAAUUUUGGUGAUUAAUUGUAUUUCAGGUAUGCGAUAAUGAAUGGCAUCACUAUGCUGUAUCUGUUCAAUUUCCAAAUAUUCAAUUAUUUGUUGAUGGAGUUUUAUUUAAAUCUGAAACCAAAAAUCCUGAAGUUAUUGAUGAUUGGCCUUUACAUCCAACCAAGGGUAUAAAUACAACUUUAACUGUUGGAGCAUGUUGGCAAGGUACAAAACUAUUUCUUUUUUAAUUUCAGUAUGGGUUAUAGAAUAAAUUUACAAUAUACUUUUUACUGUUUUAGGCUCUGAAAAUAAAAUGAAACAUCAUCUACGGGGUUACCUGGCUGGAUUGUCAGUUCUGUUACAUCAACUUGAAAAACCCGAGGUACUAGCAUGUUUACACAAAUGUAAAGAAAGCUUAGAAGUACCUGCAAUGGAGUUGUUAGAACCCGGAAUGGAAUUGCUUACCAACAGUGGUUGGUUUUGUAUAAUUAAAUAUUAUAGUUAAUAACAGUAACUAUACCAAAUAAUUUAAAAUUUAGAAUCUAAAAAUGAAUUCCUUUUAUUAGACAAAUUUUAAAUUUCAACUAUAUUGCUUUGACAACUGCUUAUUAUAUUGUUUUCUUUUACAUAUAAUACUAGGAGAGUCUUAUAUUGUUAAAUGGAAAAUUAAUUUUGGUCUUAAAAUAUAUAAAAUAUUUGGUUAGAGAUUGAAUAUUACUAUUUUGAAAACCGGGCAAAGUUGAUAUUUUAUAUUAUAUUUUGUUCUUUCUUUAGAAUUGACUGAAUUAUCAAUAGAAGGUGAUAAUAAGACAAAUCUAGAAGUAUUGGUGAGAAAAAUUGGUUAUUCUAACAGCCGUGAUUAUCCAACUCCUGGUAGACGUAAUCUUCACUUAACCACUACUCUAAUGUAAGCUUAAACUUCUUGAAACUUUGUAUUAACAUUAUUUUGCAUUGUUUAAUUUUUUUUUAAUUAAAGGUGUGAUGGUGGUCGAGAAGUUAAAAUGCCUUCUGCUGAAAGUUAUGUAAUGGUUCACAGACCUCAACAACCUAAUAUCAUCAUCAAUGGUACCAAUACAGUCCCCAGGGAAUACCAUGAAUUUAGACAAGGGGUACAAGUUUUCCCCGAUCUUGCUGUUAGCAUUGAACCAGAGAGUUAUGAUUACGAAUCCAAAAAUCGUAAAUACUAAAUUUAAAUAGUUUAUGUAUUUAAUACGAUUACUUGUAAUAUUUAUUAUUUUAUAGCUGAAUUGACCAAUGUAUUAGAACGUCGAGUCGAUUCAUGUAUAAUAUCUGUUUACCCUUCACUGAAUCCUGAUCACGAGACAAUUACUAUUCCAGCCGAUAUGCUUGCUAAAUUUGGUAUUUCAGCUAAAGUUUCCAAGGAUGGUGUUGCUUUCUAUAAUGCAGACAUUGUAUUCCAUUACCAAGAGGCUUUACGUGAUGUUCAUUAUACUAACUUUAAGCCUGCAUACUACUUGAACCGUCAGUUUAAAUUGGUGUGUUCUGAAAUGAAUGGCCGAUUUUUGAGCAAUGAAUACAUACAAACUGUAGGUUUAAAUUGAUAAAAAUAAGAUAUUUUUCUUUUAUAUUAUUUUUUUUCUGAUAUAUUAGUUGACUGUGGUUCAUCCAAAAACUCCAUCUACUGCUUUUGUUUCUACCACAACACUUCCAACAUCUGCUCCACCAGCUGCUUCGUUAGUUGACGAGAACAAUGCUGUUCCACAACCGGCUCACGCUCAAGUACUUCAACAUUCCGUGGAAGCAAAACAAGCACAAACCAUAAUUGGAAAUUAUAUGGAGGGACCCUCCGCAGAACAGGCACGUGCCAUGGUUGCUGGUGGUGGACACGCUGUUACCAUUAUCAUUGUGGUGUGCGUUGGAUUUUUAGUUUUAAUGAUUACUUUGGGCAUUGUUCGUAUCAAGGCUGCCCAUCAGAAGGCCUCACAGGAUGAAGUCCAAGACACAGAGAUGGCUUGGGAUGACUCAGCUCUUAACAUUACCAUCAAUCCUAUGGAGGUAAGAUUUUUGUUGUCACCAUCUAUCAAUUUUCUUUUAUCAUUAAUUAAAUUAUAAUAAUUUACGCCACCUCAUUACUUUUAGCAAUUGGAAUGUGAUGGUAAUGCUUCGGCAGAAGGAGGAGCGUUGUCAGUUGGCAAACACAAGCAUGGUGAUAACGAUGACGAUUCGUCUGAUGACAACAUGAGCUACGACUAUGAUGAUAGUUCAGAUGACGGUGUUGGCAACGAAGAAGAUGAUGGCCUGCAUAGAGGCGGUGCACCUCCCUUAGAAUGGGAUCAUUCUGUCAUGUGUAUCUAAGUUGUGUUUUAUUAUCACAAAAUUAUACGCACUAAAAACGACUUGCAGCACCUAACCUUUUAUGGGUUACAUGGUGAUUCUAUUUUUAAUACUAAACAUAAAUCACUCUUUUUUUGCAUAUCUUUUUCAAAAACGCUUGACUAACGCGCUGUAGACUAUUUGAACUUUGUUCUUAGACAAAAUAAAAACAAAUUAUAUAAGAGUGGGGCAUUGUUGGAGGUCGAUCAGACGUGUAUUUAACUUAUUAUUACUGUCCUCAAGUUCAAACCAUCUACAUUAUUAUUUGUUUGCACUGAUAAAUUUAUAUUAUAUAUAUAUAUAUACAUGUAUACAAACAUAAAAAAUGUAUAAUAAUUUUGACAUUGUUACCGCGCAACAUUAUUAUUUUCAUCAAAUUUUAGCUAGGUUAAAAAUUUUGUUUUUUUAAUUUUUUUUAGACAUAAUAUCUCAAAUUGAUAUUUUUGUUUGUAUUAUUUUUUAGUACCAACUCCCCACUCUUCCCUAGUAAAGUGUACGCAUCAAUUAUAUUUAUAUAUAUAUACACACACAUACACAUACAUACAUCUAUAAAAAAAGAGUAUAAAAGAAAUUGGAGAAGACUGUAAAUAAUGUAAAAAAAAUUUUAAAAAGGCUAACAUUUGCAUUUUUAAUGUGCCAUUAAUUUAAUCAAUAUAUAUAUUACAUUAUGUUUAGUUUAGUUCUGGUAGUUUAUAAAUUACUAUCAUUUUUUCGAACAUUGCCUUGUUUUCACACCAUAAUUCCUCCCAAAUUGCACUCGCUUGUCGUAUUUUCAACAGUCGAGCAGCCAUUGUCUUGCCGUAUUCAUGUUUCCAUUUAUAUAUUUGAUACCGUCCAUAUAGGUUUCCUCUUGAAUAUUUAUUUUUUAAAUGACUGCAUUUUGCAGUUUAGUAUUAUUGGUUGUGCAAUAAAGUACUUAAUAUAUUAUAUUAUAAUUACAAUAAUAACAAAUUUAACAAAAUUAUUUGUGCACCUUGUUAAUUUGUCAUUUUUUUUUUUGUAUAAUCUUAUUCAUACAAUAAUAAUAUGACAAAUGUUAAUUCGGUGAAUAUUUAUAAAUUGUCUUACUAUUGAACAACAACUUUCACCCAUUAUUUAGACUAUAUUAUAUAGUAAGUUAAAAAAAAUGAACAUAUUCAUAUUUAUUAAUUAUUAUUAUAUUAUGAUUUAUAUUGUUAUAUAUACAAAUUGUAUGUUUAUCUUAAUUUUUAUUUGAAACAUAACCAAUAAAUUAUUAACAAACUAUAUUAUACUGAAUAAAAAUGAAAAAUAAAUUAUCAUUACCUUUAAACACAUCAUUUAAAACCUAAAUAAUAAUAAUAUUAUAAUAAAUGAAUUAAAAAGUAUAUAAGAUUAUUUUUAUGUAAAUUUAGAGUAAAUUGUAAGAUUAUUAUACACGUAAAUUUUAAAAAGUAUUAAUUUAUGUAACAUCUUGCUUUGGUAUGUCAUAUAUAAGUAUAAUAUAUUAUAUUAACUAAUUAGGGUGUAGGUAGUAAUCGGUGGUAUUAUAUUAUAAUAUUAUUAUCUUUUAAUCAUUUUUAUUUAAUAGUAAAAAAAAUGUAUUAUUAUUUUUAUCCCUCGGUACUAAUGGAUUAUUAGUCAAAUUGUGUAAUUUAAUUUUUUCCCAAUUUAAAACUGCAAAAAUAAUAUGUGCAAUAAUUUUUGUUGGACUUGAGUUUUCAAUGUUGUGUGUUUUCUAUAGAUAUUACAUUGCAAUGUAACUUUAUUUUUGUUUCUCUGCUAAUCUAAUAAAACACCUACACCUGUUAUGUUGAUCUUAGUUUGUAUAUUAUUGUUAUUUACCAUCACUAUUCAUUAAUUUUACUUUUUAUUUUUUUUAACCUAAAUAAUAUCAUAGCAGAAUACCAAAAGAGUUUUUUUCAACAAAAUCAUUUUUUAAAUAUUUUAUUAAUAUCGGUACAUAUUAUUUAAAACUGACAAACGGUGUAUUUUUGGAAAACUUAGUCAGUACUGUUAGGCUAUACGAAUAUGUUAAUAUUUUUAUAA